CCGACCCGCUAAACGCAAGGUCCACUGAGAUCGACCUAGCAAGUCUGGAACAACCCAGUCGGCAGAGAAGCCACUCCUAGUAACAUAAGCUUCCAAACACCAUGCCGACCCCACCUCCGAAUGGCGACGUGGACAUAGCAGCAACAUUCAAGCUAUUGCUAAUUGGUGAUUCCGGAACUGGGAAAUCGUCCCUACUUCUGCGCUUUACGGAUGAUACGUGGCUGCAGCCAGAUGAAGUCUCAGCAACUAUUGGUGGGUGUUUUAGGGACCACUUGCGUCCUUUGGGCGACUGGGAGUUGGCGGUGACGACGGUGCCGUGUCAAGGCCGUGCACACACGAGAACAAAGCGUCUCACACUGUCUUCCAUUUGUCCAGGUGUUGACUUCAAAGUGAAGAUAGUGGAUGUUGAAAAUAAGCGGUACAAGCUGACAAUAUGGGACACCGCUGGUCAAGAGCGAUUCCGAACACUGACUUCCAGCUAUUACCGUGGAGCUCAGGGAGUGAUUCUAGUAUACGACGUAUCCAACCGUCAAACAUUCGAACAUCUCCAACUGUGGUUCAACGAGCUGGAUACCUACUCGUCCAGCCGGGACGUGAUAAAGAUUAUCGUGGGAAACAAAUGCGACAAGGAUACGCCUGGCGUGCGGGAAGUGUCUCGGAAGGACGGAGAAGCUUUCGCGAGGAGGAUGGGGACGCUGUUCAUCGAAACUAGCGCAAAGACGAAGACGGGUGUGAAGGAUGCGUUUGUUGAGGUCGUUCGUAAGAUCGCGGAAACGCCAGCAUUGUGGCAGAAGCAACAAGGUCCCCGCCCAGGAGCUGUUCAGCUGCACGGCGAGGAAGAAGAACAACAAGGAGUCUGCGGAUGUUAAAUCCAGAGCUCCUCCGAGGCCUUCCGCUACAUCGAUCCCCGUAGGCUCUCGCGAUCGAUCUCCUCCUAGCUUUCCACGCCCGGAAUGUGCCGCGAUCGUUCACAAUGCAAGAUUGCAAUCCAACUUCCCUUGGCACCCCUCGCAACUCAUCCCCCCUUGCGACGACGACACGAUUUCCGGUGCGCUAUCCAGCCGCCUAACCCCCCAGUGUACCUUCCCUAAUUGAUAAAAUCCCCGUUUCACCGACCUCGGUUUUUGUAUUUUGCGCCCUGUUGUUUAGCUACUAGUUUUUCCCUUCCAUCGCACCGUAGCACAUCCCUUAUUCAAUAGUCCCU